AUGCCCCUCGCUUUUAUUUCAUCGAAAGGAUCAAGUGCUUGCUAUGGCUAUGCGACAGGAACACCGUCGGAACUACUCCAGCCCUCCCAAGAUUUCGCAAUCCUGAUGGGUCCUAUGGAAAAACAGCCAGCACAAGUCAUUCCCAAAUGUAAUUUUCAUUUGAGUUAUUCAGGUACGUUCAAGUUGACUCUGCAGUUCACGGAGGAUUACCCAAACAAACCACCGACAGUGCGAUUUGUUUCUCGAAUGUUUCAUCCAAAUAUUUAUGCCGAUGGAAGUAUUUGUCUGGAUAUUUUACAAAAUCAGUGGAGUCCUAUAUAUGAUGUGGCAGCUAUACUCACGUCUAUCCAGUCACUGCUGUGUGACCCCAACCCCAACUCUCCUGCAAAUUCGGAAGCGGCUCGGAUGUUUAGCGAGAACAAGCGCGAGUACAACCGUAGAGUGAGGGAAAUUGUGGAGCAGAGCUGGACAGCAGACUAACUCCAUGGGCCUCUGAUAGGGCACCCUUGAGUCUGUUUGAAAUGACGUUGCCGGUCAAAAAAAUUUGUGCAAACUCAACUUUUCUCUUGUAUUAUUCACAUGUGUUCCUAUCACAAUUGUUAGGCCUGUUUUAUUUUAUUUAAAUAUGAAUUGAUGCAUUGUGUGUUGUUGUUGUGCUUAUGUAAAAUAGAAUUUAUUUAUCACUUUACAUUGAAUUGUUAUGAACUUUUUUCAACGUAAAA